UACAUGUUUAUUACAAACAAGCGGAUCAGCUAUAAAAUCUUAUAAGUGCAAUAUUUAGCCAUUUAUCUAGACGCGUUCAGUAUCUAAACCUUGUUGUAUAAUACUGUUGCUCCAUUGCAAUUGACAUAUAUAAAAUUCUAGAUAUAGAAGGAGUAGAGACUGAAAGCUUAAAAUCACCUGUAUAAGACACAAUAUGGCGGAGCAGGUAGCAAACAUUGAAGGCUUAGGCAUGGUAAGAUUAAUAUUCAGGAACAAUCUGAAAGGGUCAAUGUUUAAUUUCCAUGUUGAUGUGGCCUACAAAGCCAAUGAAAAUCUUCUUUACUAUUUGGAUAGAUCGGUUGAAAUUAACAAAGACUUAAGCUUCACUGCAGAAUUCUUUCCAGAGCACGACGGCUAUAUGAUCACAUCUAUAAAUAAUGUGUCCGGAUCUAAAGACGAAGAGACAUGGUGGUCUAUUCAAAAAGAGCCUGAGGGGAUAAUGCUUGAUCGAGGAGUGUCAAGCUACACGCCUCAACGUGGAGAAAACAUUUCUUUUAACUUUGAACAAGGUUACAAUUUCGAUUCACUGCAUUAGUAGGCCUAUUAAUGAAAUAUUUUUCUCUAAAUAUAAAUAUAAAUUAAUACUUGUAACUCUAAAUAUAAAUUUUAAUUUAUACUUGUAACUCUAAAUAUAAAUAUUAAUUUAUACUUGUAACUAUUUUUUACAAAAAAGAUUAAUAUUGUUUAAUAGAAAUAGAAAGAAAGAAAAAUACAUUACUUAAAACAAAAUUGAGAUACUUAUUUAUUUGCUUAACACAGUGUGCUUUAUUUAAAUAAUUAACAACCCAUGUAUACCAUGUAUAGAUUUACUCCCAUUUCCAAUUGAGAAAAAGAGAGAGAGAGCAAGUAUUGAAGUUGAUAGUAUUAACUAUUAAAAAUUCAUAAACAAAUUAGGGGUGAAAAGUAGCAGCUCGUUGGUACAGUCUCCUUCCUGUCCUGCAGAAAGUAGAAAGAAUAUUUUGUACGAAUUGUGGCAGAGUACGCAUUUACAGUAUUAGCCUGAUUCGCUACACUUUUUUUUCCCGACUGGAGGUGAUUCUAUGAAGUUUAUUUUUUUUUUUUUAAUGCUCAUCUUGCCAUACCAGACAGUGAUAUUAAAACUUAAAAAUAUUGCAGAUGUCAGCGUGAUAAAACAUAGCCAAGGCCUUUCCGCUAACAUUGAACGAGGACAGUUUUCUCAGUAAUCGUAACCUUUGCGCCUUUUUUUGCUGACAUAAUCAGUAUUUGCAGUAAAAAUUUUGUUUAUUAUCUAGGAUAGUACCAAGGUAUUUAAAAGGUUGCACUAUUUCAAUUAUCUAUUACCAUUUCUUUGUUGUUGUUUUUUUACAUUAAUAAAAAAAAGCUAUACAGUA